AGGAAGAAGAAAAGGGGUCUUUUCCUUCUGUCUGACUGGCCUAACAGCUUCGUCAUAACACAUUUACGUUACGUUGGAUUUACACUUUAUAUUCGGUUAUGUUAUCCGGCUCCUGGUCUUUUAUUAGAUUUAUUUAACACACACGAGCAUGUACCGUCCCGGUCAGCCAGUUGGCGUUCCGCGGCCUUUUGGGGUACCUCAACAUCACAACAGCCUGUACAAUGCCGGGGCUCCUUGUCUGCCUCCGAUGAAUUUUCCUCCUGCACCGUGUGGAACAUUCUCGUCUUCGCCGAUGCCGGGGAAUCAAUUUCUACUCAACAGACCUCCAGGACCUCAUCCAGUCAAUCCCCACUGUAGCAGCUUCCCCAUGGACCCUAAUACAGCGAUUUCUGCAGGAGGCAGCCAGCCGCUUGCCUCUCCAGCACCAUGGAAUCUCCCUCCUGCCAAACAUCGACCAGACAACAGUGACCAUGCUGGUGAAGAGUUCUUGAGAUGUAUUGCCCAAAAUAAACCUUUUCCCGACUACCUUAAAGGAAACAUGGCCUCCAACCUGGCGGAUGCGUUAAAGUCGGCAAAUGUCCUAAAAGAGGCUGUCAAAUCAGAUCGUGUUUAUCAGAAGCAUUUGACCAGAAGCAAAAGUCGGAGCAGAAGUCGAAGCCGUGGCCGUAGCCGUGGAAGAUCUCGAUGCAAGAGUCGUGGACGAAGCCGAAGCAAAGGAAGGAGUAAAAGUUGUAUUCGUGGUAAAAGUCGUGCAAGAAGCAAAAGCAGAGUUCGAAGUCGAAGCCGAAGCCGAAGCCGAAGCAAGAAAAAUCGCGCAAGGAGCAAAAGCAGACAUAGGCGGUCGACGUCACAAAGUAGCAGUAGCAGCAAGAGACAGCAUGGCAAAGACAACAAACAGGAAAGGAGUCCCAAGCACAGCAAUGGCGGUGCUAGUUGUAGUAGUAGUCUCCAAAGCAAUAGUUUGUUGGAGGGACUAAAACUGGAAGACCUGGAAGAGCGGCUGCCCACUCUCAAAGAUGCCGUCCUCACAAUUCAGGCCUCUGAUAAACGCCUAGAAAUGCAACAUCCCAAAAUGGAGACUUCAACGUCAUCGGAAAUUGAGAGCAUGGUCCUGCCUCAUGACAGAGUAGGCAGUGACUUCUCUUGGCUUCAGCCCCAAAGUCAGAUGACGACAAGAGCUGAUGAAUAUGAAGACGAGGAGUCUUUCUUGUAUGGGAAUGAAGAUGCAACAGACAAAAUGUUUGGCACUUUCCCAACUGGAGACUUGGUCAAACCAGACUGUGACAAAAAGAAGAGCUGCAAUCUGGGCAGCCAACAGCAUCUCAGGAAUAAAUCAGAUUUCAGUAUUUCGGGUGGUCAGCUAUACCCGAGCCAAGCCUUUCCUUCUCUGGACAACAAAGAAUGUGAAAAGCUAAAAAAUAUAUUAAAAGGUUUGCGCAAAACACAAAGUAGUAAUUCAACGGAAAAGACAGCCUGCCACAGUGAAGGAAAACCGUUGAUUUCUGCGCAAACUCUCAGUUCAGUCCCAUUGGUCGCUCCUUCGGGAUUACCACCUCAGCACAAACACAAUAUACGCCAAGCUUUGGAGUCUUUACAGUCACUCAUUAAAGUAACCAAAGAGAUACGGGAAAAGAGCGAAGGGGUUGGAACAUCUCAGUCCUGCACUCAACACAAGUCUGAUGAGGAAACCAAAAGGAACAAAGCGAAACAAAGCAAAAUACAUCAAGUUGAAGUGUUGACGAAAGAAGUAGGGACAUUCUUCAAAGAGGACGGAUUUGGUUUCCUUUCACCAGUGAUUGGUUUUUACUGCCAGAUAUGUGAGGAGUUCAUCGGCGAUUUGAAUGGUGCUGAAAGUCACGCAGCCGCCCACUGCCAACGAAACAUCGGCCGUAAAACGCAGGCGAAUAAACAUAGCGAAGAUGCUAAACAGCACUUAAGUCUGAAAGACAACAAGGGCCACAGUGGUACUGAAAGAGGAGACAAAGGGAAGGACAGAAUCAAACAGGAGGAUGAUUACAUUGCUCACAGGCAUGAGCAGAAGAAUCAUAUGUGGAAGGAGAUCAAGAAGGAGAGGAUGCUCAUUACUGUCUCUCGUUGUGUUACAUCUCCAAAUGUAGAGGAGCAGAACAAGGAUCAGCGUGUUGAAAGCCAUGCCAAAGUUAGGGAAGACACGAGAAGUAAAGGAACAUCCAAUAAGAAAAAGCUAAAAGAUGCAAAGAAAAAACAUGAAAGUAGCGACGACAGCCACGACGACAAACGAAAGGUUUUGAAAGAAAAGUCACACAAAAAGAAAAAGGACAAAAAGAAGAAGAAAAAGAAGAAUACGUUGUAAGUUAUGUGUCGUUGGUUUUGUUAUUCCUUUCAGGAAUUUCCAAGUUCCUUUUCAUGUAAAAAAUCAGCAACUUGUUUUUGUUGGCUUGUUUACUAGAUUAGGAGAUACAUCAGCUGUGUGGGUAUUGAUUAGUGAGGUAUGAAAGAGUGUAAGGCAAAGAACUAUCACUUUGAUGUCUGAACUUCCCGCAAAAAGAUUAAUCAUCAUGUCUUAAGUUCGCCGCACUCUGAUUAAAAGUGUUCGAUGAUUAUUGUAAGUACCAACAUUGUAACAUAAGUCCAAAAAGACAAAAAUAAUCAUAGGUCACCGUUAAACAACAUAAACAGAUCUCUGAGCUCAGUGUAUUGUAAAUUCAAAUACUGUAUAUUUCUCCAUGUAAAUAAACCGUUUUUCACAAGU